CUGCCUCUCUGACCCUGCCCAAGUAAUAUUCGGGAGUAUUUGAGAGUGUUUAAGUGACAGACACUUGAAUUUAUUCGUGUGAAGACUUGGCAUGUGAUUGGAAGACUUGAAUUAUGUGUAAUAUUUUCAGUUAUUUGAAAUGACGGUUUCUGUGAAGAGAUCCGUUGCUAGGAGAUGACUAGUGGAAAACAGAGAAUCCUAGUGCGUGCGCAACACUGAACAGUAAAGUGUGUAUUUCAGCGAUAGCGCUGUAUUGGAUGCAUUUAAGUGUGAUUAAGAGUGUGUGUGUGUGUGUGUGUGUAACAGAGCUGUUAAUAAAUCCAAUCAUCCGAACAAUAAAUGGCAAUUUCGUCACGCGUCAUGUGACAAUUUUUGAUACAGGUGUAUAGCUGCAACUGAAAUUUUUUCUGGCAUGUAUAAAAGAUUCUAAGGGAAUGAAUUGUAUCAACUCAACUAAGUUGAUAACGUCUGAAGAAGAGUUGUCACAAGACCGCAGUUUAUAAACAUAUUCUCACUAAGAAUGCUGUAUUACACUUCCUUGUACAAGGUUGGACGUCGUGACCCUUUGACUAUAAAGUGUAAAAAUGGAAGAGUGAAGAAGAAAGUACGAAUAUCGACUUCGAUAAAUGAAUUGUGUGUGAUUUACCAGCGAAGUUGUGGUAACAUGAAGCAGUUAAACAGAGGACUAAGGAGGAAAUCCCUAUACGUACAAGUCAUUUUCUAAUAUAACUGAGGAAAGCAAAUUCAUGCUUAGCAUGGAGAGUCAUAGUUUUUUGAAUAAUUAAUGUCAGAAGUAGCACGACUUUUACAUUUAAAAUUCACAUUCUUAGAAAUGUCUGAGAAAUUACCGAUGUGGGUAAUCUUACUCGUCCUACUGAUUACACCCAUCAGCGCAUUGCCAUUUGCUUCGGAUAUGGUGGGCAGGGUUACUGUUGGUGUACUUGACCGGUACCAGUCAACUUGUGUCUACCUGAUACACACUACACAUCAGCAAGUUACUAGCAGACAUUCAGACGUGCUUCAAAUGAAAGCCAUUGUAGCAGCGAGGCCGACAACUGUAGCUGUGAUAUUUGCUAAUUCGCACAUCAGGACUCUAAGGGAGGAGGGAUGCCGCCCGCUGCGUCUCAUCAUCUCAGACAACGGAAAAGCAGGCCUACAGAAAUAUCUCAGGCAGGAAUCGACAAUAAACGACAUGUCGGAAGGAAGGUGGUUAUUGUUCCUAGACAAAGUGACCUCACUGGAAGAAUACUUCUCCGACGUGGAUAUUCCAUUAAGCUGUGAAUUUGUUGUGGCCCAACUAUCAGAUAAGACAAAUGACAGAGACUUCAUGGUGUCACUCACUGAGGUAUUCUACGUCCAUCCAAGUCGCCCUCUACAGACACACCGCAUAGGUAACUGGAGUUCUGGUGACGGCUUCAUGUGGUCCACAAAGCCCUUCGUUGACAGGAGAGGAGACCUUCAGGGUGUAACCAUACAGUCAGGGGUACAUUCCAAGGAGCUCCCCAAAGAAAUUGAGCGCUGCAAAGAGAGAACUGCACUGAAGUUCUGCGGAGAAAUAGGGGAAAUAUGGCAUAUUUUACAAGAAAUACUGAACUUCACGUCAGCCUACUAUGUAGCGGAGGACGGAGUCUUUGGUGCCAAAAGGGCGGACGGAACGUGGAACGGCGUUAUGAAUCUGACGAUUAGCAAGAAAGUUGAAGUUGGAAUAGGAAUGUUUAUAUUAACAGAGGAGAGAGUGCCUGCUGUAUAUUUCUUGCCCCCCAUAUUGAAUUCAAGGAUGUCGGUGCACAUGCAGGAGCCUCGCACGGACGGAUAUACGUGGAGCUACAUGUUGGCACCAUUUUCAUACGGGAUGCGGUGGACUGUGUUCGCGUCUGUCCUGGUACUGACCGCCUUCCUGUCCACCACAUGGUACUUCGGAGAUAGGUUUGGGAACAGUCCAGAAGUUGAGAACUACAGCCUCUGUAACUCAUGGAUCACUGUGCUAGCCAGCUUCUUUCAGCAGGGCCAUGCCACUACCCCGAGAUCCUGGUCUUGCCGUCUCGUCUUCUUCACAUCAUACCUGACGGCAGUGACACUGCUGGUCGCGUACUCGGCCACAUUCAUUUCGUUCCUGGCUGUCAGGAAAACGGCGCUCCCUUUUGCAGACUUCGAAGGCAUGCUUAAUGACGGAACAUACAGACUUGGAUUGUUUCCUAACUCUGCACAAAUGAACUAUCUUCAAAACUCGCCAGAUGCAAUACUGAGAGGCGUCUUUGAAAAGCUUGUGAAACCGGGAUACGAUAGUCUGCCAACGAAUGAUGUUGAUGGUUUGCGACGAAUAUGUGGCAACUGGAACUACGCAUUUCUCAUAUCGCCGUUCUUUGUGAGACAAUCUUACGGCUACUACCACUGCACACUUGUAGAAGUCCCAGGCGCGUCCUUGCAUACCUCCGUCUCGAUAAUUAUGAAUAAGAAGAGCAAUUACAAGAGACUCUUCACACGGCGUCUUCAACAAAUGAUGCGAAAUGGAAUUCUGAAGGCAAUUGAAGGAAAGUAUUUACCAUUCGCAGUCACCGACGACAAUAUCAGGCCUCCAGAAAGCUUGAGUUUGCUGAAGACGAUGCCUGUCUUCAUUACAUAUCUUGGAGGAAUCUUCGUUUCCAUUGCUUGCUUACUAAUUGAACUGCAGGUGCAUCGAAGGCAUCUACCUCAUCGUGCCUCUUUCAUCAAUUGAUCUUUCUGAAGAAGUUCGAUAAUGGAAAUAUACGAUUUUAACUAAUCGACUUUUGUUAGAUCAUGACAGCCGAAACAUGAUCUGCUCUGAAGCUUUCCCUUCAAAGUGUUUAGUGAUGAGUCAAGUGGUUUAUUAUUAA